CUCUACUGCUCCCUUUGAAAAAAAAAAAGAGAAAAAAAAUAGAAAAAGGUUCUCUCUAUAAAGACCCCCCAAACCCCUUCCCUCAAAAUUAAACCCGAAUUCAAUCUUCAUCCUCUUUGGGCCUACUGUUGAAUUGGUUUUUUUGGUGUACAAGGAGAUGAUGAUCGGCCUUCAGAGGACAACUUCUGGUGUCUUGUUUUGUGCUCUGUUCUUGAUAUCAGCUUCUUGUAAGAGCUUUGCCUAUGAUUUGGAAGUAAAUCAGACAGCAUUCCUCAAGAUAGAUGCAUCACCACAAUCAGGGCGGAAGAUUCCUGACCAUCUAUUUGGUAUAUUUUUUGAGGAGAUCAACCAUGCAGGAGCUGGUGGGAUAUGGGCAGAACUUGUCAGCAACAGAGGAUUUGAAGCUGGAGGGCCAAACACUCCUUCAAACAUUGAUCCAUGGGGCAUCAUUGGGAAUGAAACUUUCAUUAAUGUGUUAACUGAUCGGUCAUCUUGUUUCAACCGUAACAAAGUUGCCCUUCGUAUGGAAGUUCUUUGUGACCCGGUGGGAUGCCCAGAUAGUGGUGUUGGCGUAUAUAAUCCCGGAUAUUGGGGCAUGAAUAUUGAACAAGGGAAGACAUAUAAAGUUGUUCUUCACGUUAUGUCAUCUGGCUCAUUGAACUUAUCAGUUUCUCUUACGAGUUCAGAUGGAAUGCAGACCCUGGCUUCUAAUAAUAUAAUAGCUUCAGCUUCACAAGUGUCAAAUUGGACAAAAAUAGAGUUUCAGUUGGAAUCGAAAGGAACAAAUAGUAAUUCCAGACUUCAGUUAACGACCAAUCACAAAGGAGUUAUCUGGUUGGAUCAAGUAUCAGUGAUGCCUACAGACACCUAUAAGGGGCACGGCUUUCGGAAGGAACUCAUUUCAAUGAUAGAAGGAAUACAACCGAGAUUUAUAAGAUUUCCAGGCGGAUGCUUUGUUGAAGGUGAAUGGUUAAGAAAUGCAUUCAGGUGGAGAGAAUCAAUUGGUCCAUGGGAGGAGAGGCCUGGACAUUUUGGUGAUGUCUGGAUGUAUUGGACCGAUGAUGGACUUGGAUAUUAUGAGUUUCUUCAGCUUGCUGAAGACCUUGGCGCCGCCCCUAUUUGGGUCUUCAAUAAUGGAAUCAGCCAUCAGGAUGAAGUUGCUACAAGCAGCAUUGCACCUUUUGUGAAGGAUGUUCUUGAUAGCAUUGAGUUUGCUAGGGGUAGCACUAAUUCAACAUGGGGCUCCGUGAGAGCAGCAAUGGGACAUCCAGAACCUUUUGAGCUGAAAUAUGUUGCAAUUGGAAAUGAAGAUUGUGGAAAACCCAAUUACCGAGGGAAUUACCUUAAGUUCUACGAUGCAAUAAGAAAUGCGUAUUCAGAUAUUAAGAUGAUUUCAAACUGUGAUGGCUCCUCUCGCCCAUUGGAUCAUCCAGCUGAUCUGUAUGAUUUUCAUGUUUAUAAUAGUGCUAAUACCUUGUUCAACAUGGCUAAUCAAUUUGAUAGAACAUCACGUACUGGUCCCAAGGCUUUUGUUAGUGAGUAUGCGGUUACUGGAAAAGAUGCUGGUACUGGUAGCCUCUUAGCUGCAUUAGCUGAAGCUGCAUUCCUUAUUGGAUUGGAAAAGAACAGUGAUGCUGUUGAGAUGGCAAGCUACGCCCCUCUCUUGGUCAAUACAAAUGAUCGUCGGUGGAAUCCCGACGCCAUUGUCUUCAAUUCCUGGCAACAAUAUGGAACUCCUAGCUACUGGAUGCAACAUUUCUUUAAGGAAUCAAGUGGAGCAACCCUUCUUCCAGCCACUAUUCAAGCUAAUUCAUCAGUUCAUGUGGUUGCAUCGGCAAUUAUUUGCCGAAGUUCAGAAGAUAACAGCGAAUACUUACAAAUAAAGGUUGUGAACUUUGACAAUGAGCCUGUAAACCUGAUGUUCUCUGUUUCUGGUUUGCAAAAUACUGUCAACUCAUCGGGAUCAAAGAUGACUAUUCUUACAUCUAGUAAUGUAAUGGACGAGAAUUCCUUCCAAGAACCAAAUAAGGUCGUGCCAAUUCAGAGUACGCUACAAAAUGCAGGUCCUUUGAUGAACGUCGUGCUUUCUCCACAUUCCUUUACUUCAUUUGAUCUAUCGCUUGCGUCGCCAUCUCUUAUAUCUUCAAUGUAGAGCAAUCAAGAAGAUACGAAUAUACAAAUAGAAUAGAAGGGUUAAAUGGUUAGAAAGAAAAGAAGAGGUUGUGUUGUAAGUAUGGAAAAUAUGUUUACAGCUUGGUGUAUUGAAAGAUCCAGUUAUUUAUAUUGGGUUUGAAUAUACGAUAAUAAUGAAUAAAGAGAAAUUUAGUACAUUGUGUUUC